GUAAUGUGGAAUGAAGAACUAGUAUCAAAAGUUAUUGUUGAAGCAUACUGUACUCUUUUACGUCAAGUUCUCCAGGAGACUGCAACAACGUUAUGUCAUGUUGAAAUCUGGUACAGUCUUUUACCAGAUUUGAACUCUACUAGUGGAAGAUGGAGGGAACUAGCCAAGGAAUUAUGGUCAAGAUUAAUAACUCAACCCAUUUUGUACUCGGAAGUGAGAGGGUGCAUGAUGAUGCCAAAGGAAAUUUUAACAGAUGAUUCACUAAACGCAUUGUCACACGUGUCAAGCUGUGUCAGAGGAGUCCUCUCUGAUCUGAAGUUCCCUCUUGCAAAGUUACCAGAAACUGUUUUGUCGUCGCUUCAUUUUCUUGAAGCUGCCCCAGAAACAGUUACCCCAAAGAAGCUUCGGGAUGUCCUUAGAAGUGAGAGAUCCCUAAAGGAGGAAUGGAAUCUAAAAUACCUGCUUGAAUAUGUUAUCUCUGACCAAAAUUACAAUGAUUUUGAAGGAGUCCCUCUCCUCCCUCUGGAAAAUGGGACAUGGAUCAAAUUCUCUCGUAAUGAUCACUCGGUGUACAUCUGCAAGGAAACUGGUGUAUUCUUGGGUUUGGAGGCUCAGACCCUGAACAAUGAUCUCUCUUCAUCAAUUAUUCAGUCUCUGGAGAAGAUAGCACAAACAGGCACAACUCAGUUGAAGCAGUUCUCUGUGUGUCAUCAUGGGGUGGAGCUACUUACAAGGAGUGUCCGAUUUGUUCAAGAAACUUCUCCUUCUGAGCAACAAAUGAAAUGCUGGUUGUCAAAGGUAUGGGCAGUUGUGGAGCAUCUUGAUCUUCAAAGUGUUAUGAAUUUGACCCUCAUACCAACUAGCAACAAAGUAAAUGCACCAACCCUAAUCACUCUGUCAACUGCUAUCAUUGUGCAAAACGACUAUUCUCCAAUAUCUCAAGCAGCUAAAGAGGCUCUUCUUUUAUUGAAAGUGCAAGUUAUCUCGAAGCCUCCAGAUUAUGUUCGACAUCACCAGUUACACAACUAUUUAAAUAGUUCAGAUGCUCGUGGUGUCACCCAGGCAUUACUGAAGGUGUUAGAAGUAUAUGAAACCUGUCUUCUAGCAUGUGACUUCAAUAUGUGGAGGAAGGAUGAAGACGUUCAAGCUCUCCUCAGUGUUAUUGAAAUGCAUCAUCUUCCAUCACAGAUAAAGAACCUCUUGAAGAAAAUCACCAUUUUCAAAGCCAAUGGAAGAAACAAUAUUGUAGUUGAUGUAAGCAUUGACAAUUGUGAUAAAAUAUCUCCAGAAGUUAAUGACUUUCCUGUCAACUAUCCUGAGAGACUGAUAAUACCAUCCUCCUGGACAGAACGACAGCUUGCAAAAAAUUUAGGUGCCACACAGCUGUCAAAAGAAAAUUUAUGUCUCCUCACCCUGCAAAAUACAUACUCUGAUUCUGAUAUAUCACAUCUCGUGUUAUACAUUUUGGAAGAUAGAGUCCUACAGAACAGUUCAAUAAUUCAGCAACAACUGAGGUAUGUGCAAUUUGUUCCAGAUAAAACUGGAAGACUGUUUCUACCCAGCCAGCUGUAUGACCCUGAGGAUAUUGAUAAUGAAGCAUUGAUUGCAGAAAACCUUCACCCCAAGACAUGCUUUCAGAAAUAUUAUCAAUUAUUACGGGUUCUUGGAAUGAAGAAAGUGCAGAAUAUGCCCAGAGAUGAAUUCAUUCAGAUCAUAAAAAGUCUUCAUGGCAAAUCAUUACCAGAAAGUGAAAAGGCAAAAAAAGCAGUAAGUUUACUUAGAGCUAUGAAUCGUCGUUCAGAUUGUUUACAGAUUUGCCAAGCAGUCAAAAGUACUAAUUUUGUUUUUGGUGAAGUAUCCAAACCAGUUGUAUAUCCAGACAGUCUAAUUUGGGCAACUUCUUUUAAAUUGUACAAACCUGAAAAGGUCAAAAGUUACAAUCACUUUAAAAAUGUUCUAGGCUCGGUGGUACCCCUAGUGCAGUGUUCAGAUAUUCAGUGUGUUGCAAACAACUUUGGUUGGAAUCAAAAGCCCGACAUUGACAAAAUUAUAAAACAUCUACAGAACAUAAUGAUGGCAUAUGAGAAUUCAGAUUUAUGCUGUUUUGAACAAGUGAAGGAAACGUACAAACAACUUUCAACAUUCAGUGACACGUCACAUGCUUACCAUUUAAAUUUACUUUCAGCAUUACCAUGCAUUUUCACUGAGCAUGGUUUCAGAGCACCAAAUCAAGUAUAUAUAUCAUGUGGAAUUGAAGACUUACAAUUAUUGCCAUACAUGUAUCCUCUGCCUUUUGAAUUACGUGAAUGUGUUGAUCUCUUCCGCACUAUAGGAUGUUUUGAAAAUCAGUCAAAAGAAUUGUAUUUAACACUUCUCCAACAAAUCCACGACCACCACCAUUCAAAAGGUAUUGUAGACGUUGAUCGUGACAGGAACAUAGUUGUACAAGUACUUCAUAAACUAGAGAAAUUCUGUGGGGACAUUCCUCCAUCUCGGAUGUUGUUGCCGGUGGAAACUAACGAUAAUACAUUAGAACUAGUUGAAAUGCAGCAUUGUUCUUAUUCAGAACAGUCCUGUGAUUGGAUUGAUAGUGAAGAACUUGGAGUGAGAGUAGUUCACAGCAGUGUAGGAACUAAAUUAGCAAAAGCUCUUGGUGUAGAACCUCUAAACAAGCAUCUACUUGCAGGACAAGAAGCAUUUAUGGAAUGGGGGCAAAGUGAACCACUUACCACCCGUCUUCACAAUCUGCUCAGGCAGUAUCGUGAUGGUGUAGCAGUCCUCAAGGAGUUGGUGCAAAAUGCAGAUGAUGCUGGAGCUACCACAGUUUGUUUUCUUUAUGAUGAACGUCAAAAUGAAGAUGCACGCACAAGACUCGUCAGCAACAAAUUUCAAGAAUGUCAGGGACCAGCAUUGUGGGCUUAUAAUAAUGCCAAAUUCACAGAAGAUGACUUAUCAAAUCUUAAGAAAUUAGGUGGAGGAACUAAAGAACAUUUGUCCACCAAAAUUGGGAAGUUUGGCUUAGGAUUUUGCUCAGUUUAUAACCUGACUGAUACACCAAGUCUUGUUAGUGGGUCUAAUUAUGUUAUAUUUGAUCCACAUCAAACAUAUUUAGAAGAUGGCAAUAACCAAAAACAUGGGCUGCGGUUUGAUUUUUCUGGAGAAAAGAACUCUCUAAUGCUGCAAAAGCUUCAUGGUCAAUUUAAGCCAUUUAAUGAAGUUUUUGGCUGUAAUAUCAAACAAACGAGGAACUUUAAUGGCACACUAUUUCGUUUCCCUUUGCGAACUCUAGCACAAGCAGGCUCUAGUGAGAUUAGCAGUGUGAGUUAUCAGCACAAAGAGAUGAAAGAACUGCUUCAAAUGUUUAGCAAGAUAAUUGGUGAACUACUACUUUUUACACAAAAUAUCAAAGACAUUGAAGUCUACCACUUAGGAAAGACAUUAUCACCAGCAAAGAAAAUAUUGCUGUAUAGAAGCUCAAGGACAACAAGAACACUAUCAGCUGUACCUGCUAAGUCUGUUUGCAGCAUCACAACAAACAAAACUCAAAUGAAGAGUGUUUCUCUCCUGUUUAACAAUAAUUUUAAAUGGAGUGGGCAUUCUUUUGAAGAAAAUACUUUUUCAGAAAUAAAAGUUGAGUAUUCACAUGAAGGUAGCCAACUGUGCAGCAUUGAUCAGGGUAUGUGGACUAUAAAUUGGCUAACAUCUUGGCAUUGUGGUAAAGGUCCAUUGUGUAAAUUUUCUGAAAGACUCGGGGGCAAAGCCCUUCCUCUGGGUGCUGUGGCAGUUCCUGUAAAAAAAGAAACUGAUGGAUGGCAACCCAUAAAGCUCUCAGAACUUCCUCAAGGAUUUUAUAAAAAGAGCCACAUGCACUGUUUUCUCCCACUACCAGUCAAAACAACUCUUCCUGUUCAGUUAAAUGGUUUCUUUGAAGUAACUUCAGACCGUACAAGUCUUGAAACACAAACAGAGGAUGAUCGGUUGACAACACAAGACUGGAACAAAAUAUUGAUGACUGAUGCCAUAAAUGCUGCCUAUCACAACCUUAUACUGACUUUGCAGUUGGAAGGUCUAAGUUGGAAUUGUCCAUACUAUACCCUUUGGCCUGUUAAGCAUGACACUAAUGACUACCUCAUAUCUAAUCUUAGAAGUUAUUUCUACAGCACCAUUGUCACUGAGGAUGUGAAAGUCUUCCGCAGCAGAAAUGGAUGGCAUCCUUUGAAAGUCUGUAAAUUUUUUGAAGAAUCAUUCUACAAAGUUACAGAUAUUGGCAAAAUUGCAUUUGAAUAUAUGGAAGAAUUAAUGAGGCUCUGGGGCAACUUAACUAUGAUAGAGUUACCGGAGCAUGUUUUGUCUGGAUUUCAGGAUAACAGUGUUUUUUCACAUUGCAUCACUCAGAAUGACUUUUUGGGCAAUUACUUCAUCCCAAAUAUUGCAGGAGAGUAUGUAACUCCACCAAAGAGAGAUAAGCUGACUUUACAUAUCAUUAAUAAUAAUAAUAAUCAUCAUGAUUGCCUCGCCAAACUCAAAAGAAUUCCUUGCAUUCCUACAAUCCCAAAUGGAACCUUGAAAAUCCCCAAGGAUCUAAUUGACCCCAAGGAUAGAAUUGCAUUACUUUUCAGUGUGAGUGAUGAAAGGUUCCCAGAGGACUUAUUUUUUAACACUCCCCAUGUACGUUCUGUUCUUUGUCAGCUGGGAAUGAUGAAUACAUGUACAGGUAUUCCUGUAGAGAUGGUUCACAACAGGGCAGAAACAGUUGAAGCACUACCAUGCCAUAAUUGUGCUGUUGAAAGAUCUAUAAAAAUCUUCCACUAUAUAGAAACACGGCAUGAUGAGGAACAAAAUGAAAUUGCACAUAGAAUUCAAAGUGUCCCAUUUCUGCCAGUUAUGCCUAAGCCACAAGAUUGGCCUGUUACAUGGAAAGGUGAUAUGAUACAAAAUAAAACAUCUCUUAUAUGUGAUAAACAUGCCCAAAAAAUUUUUCAGAAUCGGUUGAAAUCUGUAUUGUUUAAUAAGCCAGUUUCCCUGUGCUUACCAAAGUUUAAGGUGCUUGUAGGUAGUUCUCAUUUAUUGCUGGUUGACAGAGAUGAUCAUUUAUCAAAUGAAAUCCUAAAGAAGCUGGGUGUUAUUGUUCAUGAAAAUAUGCUGCCCUUACAAGAAGUCUGUUAUCAGAUUAAAACUUUUAUUGCUGAAUCACCAGUAGUUCAUAAUAUCAAUACAAUGUGUGUUGAAAUAUAUGAUUAUUUUGAAAGAAAAAUUCCAUUUCUGAAAUCAGGUAAUGAACUAAUAGACCUGCAAAAUGAGAAGAUCCUCAAGACAAAAUGUGGCUUUAUGGAACCAAAGUAUUUUGCAGAUUCUGACUCGAGUGAUUGUGCACCUGACUUGUUUUCAGUGCGAGCAGAAGGGCUUGAAUCAUACCCAAAUCUAAUGAAAGCCCUUGGCAUUAAAUCUGUCUUUCAUAGAGACUCUGUUUUACAAGUUGUUCUUCAAAAGAAAGAAAUAUAUAAAUCAAGACAGUUAAGUAAGCCAGAGGUAUUACAGAUGUCAAAGCUUCUUAAAUUAUUAUUUGAUAUAACAGAAAAAGAUAACGGUGAAUAUAAGCUGCCCUUACAGGAUCUCCAUCUCCCAGACACGGGUGGUUUUCUUCAUCCCAUAGACAAAUUGUGUACUGAAGAUGGGAUUGAUCUCAGCUCUGGUAAUCAUCUGUGUUUGCACAGAGAUGUGUAUCUCUCACAGGCAAUGACUGAUUGGUUAGGCAUUAAAUCAAAAACCAUGAAACGCCUUGAGAACUGUUCAAAUAGAUUACAUUUUGGUCAGAAAGAACCGUUAACUACUCGGUUAACAAAUAUUCUUAAGGAUUAUCCAUGUGAUACUGGGAUAAUGAAAGAACUGCUACAGAAUGCAGAUGAUGCUGGAGCAACAGAAGUUGCUUUUAUCAAAGAUUUUAGACAUCUCCCAGAUAAAAAACUUUUUGAUAAGAAAUGGGCACCAUUACAGGAGCCUGCCUUAUGUGUGUACAAUAAUAAAGGUUUCACAGAAAAAGAUUUACAGGGUAUUCAAGACUUGGGAAAGAGUUGUAGAAUUGAAGAUCCAGCAAGUACAGGACAAUAUGGUAUCGGUUUUAAUGCUGUGUAUCAUUUAACCGAUGCCCCAUCAUUCCUAACAAAAGGACCUGAUGUUCCACAAGGAGAGACACUAUGUAUGUUUGACCCACAUUGCAAGUAUGAUUCAUUUGCUACUCCUGAUAAACCUGGUGUUCAAUUUAAGAACUUACAUAACUUGCGUAUGGAUUACCCAGAUUCUUUUAUGGGAUAUUUAGAAGAUAGAUUUUUGCAAAAUGAAGGCACAGUUUUCAGACUCCCACUGCGAACUUCAAAAGAAUCAGAGAUUUCGAAGAAAAUCAUGCCAAAGUGGCAACUUGAUAUUAAACUGAAAGAAUUUGAGGCAGAAAUGGCUAAAUGUUUAUUAUUUCUAAGAAAUGUUCGAAAGAUUUCCAUCAUGACCAUUACUGAAAAAGGAGAAUGCAUUCCUGGAUACUCGGUUCAAUCAAUCAUCCAAGAAGAAAAUGAGCUUGUAAAAUUGAAAAGUGAAAUGAAAGGAAACAAAUGCAGCAAUGAGAUGUUUAUUUUACCUAAUACUUUUGAUAUGGUUAGAGCUUCAUAUAACAUGUUCAUAGAAGACACAUCUGGGGUACAGUACUGGUGGUACAUUGUCCAACAGCUUGGUACAGAAAACCCAGACAGUGUUCCAGAGAUAGUAAUAGAUGCCUUCACUGAUCGGUAUCUCAACCUGCUUCCUCAUGCUGGAGCUGCUGUUCUUUUGGAAACCAAUAAAAAACUUAGUGAUGAUAUGUUUACAACAUCGUGUUAUCUCCCACUGCCAGUAGAAUCUGGAUUACCAUUUAGUGUUAAUGGGCAUUUUACUCUUGGUUCUUCACGGCGGGACUUGUGGAUUGGAUUGAAGGAUAUUAAAGCAGAAUGGAAUAGAUGGCUCAUAAAAGAGGUACUUGCUCCUGCUGCUGUUCAUGCAGUUGACCACUAUAGGAAAUUCAUUUUCCCAGACAAUAUUAGAAAUAUGCUACAGAACAAAUUUGGGGAGAAAAUAAAAAAGUAUGAAAAUACUGUACCUGUUGGCAACAAAGCAAAAGCUCCUCAAUGGAAGAAUUUUGUAAAAUGGUUUUAUGAAUACAUUAUAAAUCAGCAAUUAGAAAUGUUUGAUGUAUUCACUGCAAAAGGUGAUCACCCUUCACAUGAUGUUCAAGCAAGUUAUGAUAUAUCACAUCAACAUGAGCAACAAAGAAAAGGAGAGUUACAAUGGCAUGCAUUUAACAAGGCUGGAAAUAAUUUUCCGAUUUAUUUUAUUGCUGAUCAUAUUGAUGACAGUCUCUUAAAUACUCUUAAGAGACUUGGUAUGAAAAUAUGUAGAAAAUUUUGGCGUGAAAUUCUCCGUGAAAUAGAAAUUCCAUAUGACAAACUCACGCCAGAGUCUGUUCUUAAAUUUCUUCUUUCCUGGAACAAAAAUUAUCCUGACAGAUGUUAUCUGACGAUUGAGGAAAAUAUCACGAAGUCUCCCUUUUUGACUACAAAAAAUGUGUGCAAAGUCUUUGACCAUCUUUCCCACUUAAAAGAAAUGUAUAAUGAGUUGGAUGGGCUUCCAUUGCUGCUCACCAAUGACAUGGUUCUUCGAUGUUUUGAUUCCAGUGAACCAGUAUUCAUGUCGAAAUACUGCAAUCUAUUACCAGAAUUAGGAAAUGAAUUUUUAAACCUCCAAAUGGUGAAACAUACUGAAAUUUUUUUCAAAAACAUUUCAGAAAACUUUGAGAAUCAGAAUGUGCUGAAAGAGUUUACUUUAAAUGAUUUAUGUGAAAGACUACAUACUGUAUUGGAUGAAUCUUAUCAUAAUUGUACAGAUUUGAAACCAUUAGAAGAUGCCAAAACAUUUGAUAUAGAAAAUUGGUUAACAAGUUUGUGGAGUUUUGUUACAGAGUACAUUAAAGGCAAAUUUACGAACAGUGAAAGUCGUACCGGAAGGUCACAAGUAAACUGGAAAGCAAGCAGAGAACAUAUCUUGAUUACUCUUGGAGAAUGGGCACUGUAUCCCUUAAACAAAUGUGACAAGAAGUACCUUAUUGCAGUUCAGAAUGCUUGGAGGAUUAUAGACCUUCGUAAAGACCCUGCUAUGGAGACAUCAGUUUUCUCCAAAUUACCAGUUCCUCAUCCAUACUGGAAAAGACUCAUUCCUGUAGAGUUGAAGCUAACAGCAACCUUAAAAGAUCCUUCUGCAAUGUUAGAAGCAAUUUACUUUCAUAGAAAGAUAAUUGCAGAGUUUGGAAAUUGGAUUUUUAGGCAAAAAUUUCCAGAGAGAUUUACCAAAAUCCUAGAAUACUUUGGCCGUCAUUGUAAAGGAAACUCAUUAUCUAUUGUUAAACUCCGUUCUCUAAGUAUUUUUGAAGAUGUGUCAGGAACGAUAUGUAAUUUGGAAGAUAAGAAGUUGAUUAUGCCAGUUCAAACAAAACUUGGACUUGAUGGUUUAGCAAAACUUGCUUGUGAGCAUAACACAAUUAUUUUGAAGGAAGCAACAUCAUCUCAUAUAACAGAUAUCUAUAGAUACAUAGACUCAGGAUGUAUUAUGAACGAUCUGGUAAUUUAUGCGAAGUUUAUUUUGCCCAAUUUCAAGUCUUUACCACAACAACAACAAACUAAAUUUCUGGAAAGUUUGCGAGAUGAACUGAGCCAAUUACAGUACAAGGAAGAAUAUGGUUGGAGCAAAGAGCAAAUUGAUGUUGUUUGUGAACUUAAGAGAACUCCAUUUAUAAUGUUCUUUGGAAACCUGAAAACUGCAGAUAAUUUUUAUGAUUCCCACAACUCAGUUUUCAAAGUAUUGGAGUUAAGCAACUUACCACAGGAAUGGACUAAGACUAUAUGGCAGUAUUUUCUCAAAUUGGCUGGUAUGAUUCUUAAAUUGACUGAUGAUAUGUAUAUAAGGUAUGCUUCUGAACUUUCAUCUAAUGAUCCUAAAGUUAAACCCAAGUCCAAAGUUCUAACUGAAUACUUUUUUGAGCACUACAAAACACUGAAAAAUACAGUUUCUGUGAUUGAGAAUAUUGAAUUUCUAGUACCAGCAAUAGAUGAAAAAUUGGAAAGAAUUUUACCUCAUUUUAAGACAAGAUCUGGAUUGGUAUCUUUUGUUGAUAGUGUGCCUUCAAAAUUAGCAAACAUUCUGUGGACAACCAGAAGCCUCUUGCCACAUUAUGCAACACCACAGAAGAACCAAAUUAAAGUGGCUCUAAACAUGUUGGAUCCUCCUCCAGAAGAAAAGGUUGUUGAACACAUUUUUAAACUGUGCAAGUUCUUUGUGAAAGACAACACAAAUGAAGAUGUCAUUGAUGUGAUGGAAAGUAUUUACCAGUACUUGCAGCAUUGCAAUGCAAGUGUCUAUGAUAGAAUAGUUGAGAACAGCAUCCCUGUAGUACAUAUACCCAAUUAUUCAGUGUUUGUUUCUGCUAAUUUUGUUGUGGAAAAUUUACAAUAUGAGAUUAUUCCAUAUUUAUUUAAAGCACCAAUCAUAUAUGGGAAAUAUUUUGAUAUGUUUGAAAAAAUAGGGACCCUUAAAAAUGACACUUGUGACACAUAUGCACAAGUCUUGAAGAUGAUACAUGAAAAGAGCCAAAAUGAAAAAUUGCAUCCUGAGGAAUCUAAGUCUAUGAAAUUGGCUUUUGCAGGGUUAGUGGAGAAGGUUUUCAUGUUAGACAAACUUACAGUUUCUGAAUUAUACCUUCCUACUGGAGAGGAAACAUUAGCACUGUCCUCUAAUAUGUAUGUGGUAGAUAAUGAGGAGUAUUUAAAAGCUACUGAAGGAAAAUUAAAUGAACCAACAUUUGCUGGAAUUGAAUUUUUAAAACUACAAAUCUUUGGAAAAGAUACUGACUUUAUAAAGAAAUUACCAGAGAAUUUGCAGCCAAAACUUUUGUCAUCUAUUAUUCAGGAAGAUCUUGAUACUAAUAAAAUGGAAGAAAUAUCAUCAACAAAGUUUGUUCAACUUAAAGCUGUACUUGAUUGUCAAACUUUAAAAUCAGCAAUAUUUAGAAUUGUAAACCAUUUUAACCCUCCAGGAACUUGUCUAAAUGAAGAAGAGAAGCGAAGACUAACGUCUAGCCUUGAUAUGAUGGAUGUAAAACAACUGAAGGAAAUUAACACAAUUAUGGUACAUAAUGGAAAUGAAGUAGGACAGAGAAAAAGACAUCAUUUUAUAAAGAAUGUAUGUACAGGGGAAACAAAACAAACAACUCUCUAUAUUUCUGAGAACAUCGAGAGAAAUUUGCUCAUAUAUAGCCUAUCUAACACCCUCAGAAAAGUGCUCAAGUUAAAUAGUGAAUCAGUUAGCUGCCUAACAAUUUUAUUGCAAUCAUGUGACAAACCACAUGAAAUGGGAGCAUUGCUGAAUGAAAUGGAUAUAACAAUGUACGAAGGUCAGAGUAAUGAACACAUUAGUUUUCAGACAGAAGUGGGUACUUAUCUGAAAGAUUGUUUCUUGUGCUUGUUGGAUAAUGAAUUUUACAAUUUUCAUGAAGGAGAAAUUGUUUGCAUGAAGAAAUAUAUUCUUGGAGGGGUGGAAGAUUGUGAAGAAGACAUUUUCAUCAUUGUUGAAGUGAAACGCCUGGUUAAAAGUCAUGAUAAUUUGUUCCUGGACGAAUAUGAGGUGAAUACAGGAUGUGAAGUACAAUGUCUUUUGAUUGUUAAAGCCCAUCAAUUAUACAAGUUUGUAAGAAAGAACUUAAAUGAGAUAAUGCUCUCAGAUGAGGUAGCUGAUACAUCUGAUGAUAAUCUUACUGAACAAGAAAUAAGGAAGAUAAGAAAACAGAUGAAGGAAAUAUGGAAAGUGGAAGAUGAAAAAGAAAGACAUCAUUUGUUGCGGCGCUUGAUACUAAAAUGGCAUCCUGACAAGAACCUACACAGGACUGAGCUCAGUACCAGAGUGAUGCAAUACAUACAGCAACUGCUAAGACGACUAGAGCGAGGCGAGACAAUUUCAGAUGAUGAAGAUGACCCCAGUGAUUCCGCUCAAACUUCAAGAGCUGUCCCCAGUGAUUUUUAUGACAAUUUAUUCCGAGCACCACCAAGACAAUAUGCAAGUUCCCACACAUUCUCGGGUUAUUCAAGACAAGAAACAAAGGUGCCCGAUUACCCAGAAGCCCAGAAAUGGCGUAAACAGGCUGAGCAUGAUGUUGGUGAAGCACGUAGACGAACUGGAGGAUCUGCAUGCUGGAUGAUGUACAUGUGCCACCAGGCAGCAGAAAAGAUGUUAAAAGCAGCCUUGUAUCUUGUGGACCGGGACCAAGCAACAAAAUUCCAAAGGGGUGAAGCAGGUCACUCACUAAUUUCCAUAUCAGAACAUCUUACAUCUAAUGAGGCAAAGUUUGUAGCAAGAGAAAUGGACAGCCGAGUGGGACAUCAUACCCAAUUACGCUAUCCUUCUGCUCAAGGUUGUCCCUGUGACCGCUACACUGAUGAUGAUUCCACAUACAUGUUAAGUAAGGCAGAGGAACUAAUUGAAUUGCUUAGACCUUCCUUUGUAAGAUGAGGAAAAUGAAUAUUCACGGAUGGUAAGAUUGUAAGCUCUUUAGAGAGUAAAGUCACUAAGCCAAUUAGACAUGCCACAAUGUAAGAAUAAUGGCAACUCUGUAUGCAAAAACAAAUUUGCUUGUUUUGAGGGGUUAGGUUUCACAGGCCUUCCUCUUAUCUGAUAAAUCUAAUGCUGUGCCAAUCAGUGGCCCUACAGCAUCUUUACUUAUGCAUUCAUGUAGCUUUUAUUGCAUUUAUGUCAAACUUUAGUACCUGUGGAAUAUCUGGUACAGUAAGGCUUUUUUUUCAUAAUAUGGGAUAUAAUUUUGAUUCCAAGGCUCUUUUUCAUAAUAUAUAAUUUUGAUAAAGUAACAGAACUUCUAUACAAAUGUGUUCAAAAUGAUAUCUUAUAAGUUCACUUGUGUCAUGUCAUCAAAAGACUUACAAUGAUAUAAAGUAUCUUAGAUCUCAAUGCUAUUUAUAAAUUUAACUGUUAUGAAGAAGUAUUUGGAUAUCCAGUAUUGACAGAUUGCUAACAAAAAUAUUCAAUUCUUUGUAAGUUUCUUAGGUCUAAUAUUUUGAUAAUAAUUAUUAGCCUUUUGUAAGUUAUCAUGGUGAUCUACCUUGAUAUUGAAUACUUUAUGAAGAUAUUUACUUUGUAUUCUGUAUUACUCCUUAAAAUUUAAAACUAGUAAUGAAUAAUAAUCCAAUAUUGACUGGAGUUAAAAUUUAUGUAAAUUUCAUCAGCACACUUUCUUUUUAAAUUUGUAUGUGGAAUGCAUGAUUAUAUUUAAUUUUUUAAUUGUUUACUAUUGUAUAUACAGCAUUUUAUAUGUACAGUAUAAACAAUGUAACUGAAAUCAUACUGUAAAAGAUAAAAUGCAGAAUAAGAGCAUUUUAUACAUAUCUUUAGCACUGCUGAAGAUGACCAGAGGUUGAAGAAUACACCGUGCUCUGUUUUAUUACAUAAUUUCUGCAAUUACAUGUACGGUAGUUUUAAUUAUAAGAGAUUUCAACUGGCAGAUAAUCUGGAAACAAUCACAACGAUAGUGUUUCUGGCACUGUGUCUACCAAGCAAUAUUGGUACAGUAUUUAGUUAUUAUGCAGUUUUGAGCAUUAAUAAAUUGUUUGAACUCUUAAAGAA